AAAAAGAAAAAAUGAGCCCUAAACUCUCUGCGCCGCCGGUCAACGCCGGAGCUAAUGCCCUUCACUCUGCGCCGCUUCCUACGGCGCCUCCGCACCAUGAUCUCCUCCUCCGACAACGAAGGUCCCGUGUCCGAAGACGACCGGCGUCCUUGGGAGCCUCCGUUCGAUGCUUCCAAGCCGGCGCCUCCCAUCUCCUACCCCAUCACCGAGCUCGCUGCGCUUGCCUCUCGCUCGUACCUCUCCGAUGCCUCCAACUUCCACCUCCCCUUCAACCGCGCCUCCACACCGCUCCCCUCCCCAGGGGCUCCUCUCCCCCCGCGGCGGCGCGUCCUGGUGUGCCACGACAUGCAGGGCGGAUACCGCGACGACGCGGCGCCGCAGGGCGGAGCCAACCCCGAUGCCUACGCGCUCUGGCAUUGGCACCUCAUGGAUAUCUUCGUCUACUUCUCCCACUACCUGGUCACUCUUCCGCCGCCAUGUUGGACCAACACCGCGCACCUCCACGGCGUCAAGGUUUUGGGAACGUUCAUCGCAGAGUGGGAUAAAGGUGCAGAAAUCUGCAGAGAAAUGUUUGCAACACAGGAUUCUGCGCAGAUGUAUGCUGAGAGGCUCCAAGAGCUGGCUGCUACCUUAGGCUUUGAUGGCUGGCUGAUCAAUAUUGAGGUUAAACUCGACAUUCAGUUCAUCGAUAACUUGAAAGAGUUUGUCAAUCAUCUAACCGACAGAAUGCAUGCUGCUGUUCCUGGAUCUUUAGUCAUAUGGUAUGAUGCAGUCACCGUGAAUGGCCACCUCAACUGGCAGAAUAAGCUCAAUGAGUAUAACAAACCAUUCUUUGAUUUGUGUGAUGGUUUAUUUGUCAAUUAUACUUGGAAGGAAAACUAUCCACAAGAUUCCGCUGCAGUUGCUGGUGAAAGGAAGUAUGAUGUGUACAUGGGUAUUGAUGUUUUCGGCCGAAAUAGUUAUGGUGGUGGGCAAUGGAAUACAAAUGUUGCCCUUGAUCUACUUAAAAAAGAUGAUAUCUCAACUGCCAUAUUUGCUCCUGGAUGGAUAUAUGAAACUAAGCAACCACCGGACUUUCAGAGUGCACAAAAUCGUUGGUGGGACCUUGUUGAAAAAUCAUGGGGUGUUCUUCAGAGCUAUCCAAAACGGUUACCUUUCUACUCAGAUUUCGAUCAGGGUCGUGGUUAUCAGGUAUCUUCCGAGGGUCUACAAGUCUCCAGAGAUCCAUGGAACAAUAUUUCUUGCCAAAGUUUUCAGCCUAUGCUUAAGUACACUGGAGAUGAAGUUCAUCCACCACUUAUAACAUCUAUCAAUUUCAAGGAUGGGCAGUACAGUGGAGGGGGUUGUGUGACUGUCAAAGGAGGUCUCAACCAGAACACUAUUUUCUCAGAGCAGCUUUUUGAAGCAAGUAUUUCCAUGGAAGAUGGACCUUUACAUUUGUUUUAUUCGGUCAAAGCUGACACAAACUGCGUCGUAGGAUUGUCCCUGGACUUGUCAUCGAGAAACAAGGGGAAUACUUCCGUUCUUAUUGCAGAGAACAUAGCAACAUUCCAUAGAAAGAAAAAGAAUCACAUAUACAGCACAUAUGUUCAAUCCGUUAAGGCACGAGCUCUAGAUAACCAAAAUUGGGUCCUCUACCAAGCAACUGUCCAAUCCUGUGCCAGCUACACAAUGACUGGAAUCAACAUUGUCUGCACAUUGGGAACUUCUGGCAAUAUCAAUCCAGAAACAGAGGAAGAUGGAAGCUUAGAAGCAGAUGCAAAUAUAUUGUCGGCUUAUCAAGCAUCACUAGGCCACAUAAGUAUUCAAGAUAUUGAUGAAACCAUGCCCUUCCCUCCAUUAGAGUCAUGGGAAAUAGAAGGAGAGCACAUCUCAUGGUCGAAUAGUAAUGCGUCUAAGCUUGUAAGUCUGAAAAUUAGCUGGAAGCUCAAAACCAGCCAUCCAGCAACAUUCACGAAGUACAAUAUAUAUGUGGAGAAGUUGACUACAGAUUCAAUUGCUAAGGCUUCCAGAAGUUUUAUGGGAGUUGCAAGUGUCGAAGCCUUCUAUGUGUCAGACCUCCAGGUUCCUGAUGAAGUCACUAUCCUGAAGUUCAUCGUUCAAGCAUGUGGGUGUGAUGGCAGUAACCAAGAACUUGAGGAAUGUCCAAAGUUCUUUUUAGUGCCAGUUGUUGCUUAACAUUGAUAUACUUGUACUAUGUAACUUCAUCACAUUACUCUUUCACCAAAUAAGCUGAAGAAUAUUUCAUGUUAUACCUUGACGGAAAUAAGAAGAGGAAUAAAUCAAUCAUAUCCAUGA